AUGCACUGCUCGGUGCCGUACCCGGCCGACCACCCGUUCCCCAUCGAGAACCUGCCCUACGGCGUGUUCUCGACGGCGCAGGAUCCCGAGCCGAGGCCGGGCGUCGCGAUUGGCGACUGCAUCCUCGACCUGGCUGCCCUCACACGGACGCCCCUCUUUGCCGAGUCGCCCGUGCCCGCCCCCGUCUUUGCAGAGGUGCGUCGUGCUGGCUCUCGAGAAAGUGUAUCGAAUCUGGACGCGUUCGUCGCACUCGAACGCAGCAGCUGGCGCGCCUUUCGCCGCUUCCUCCACGGCAUCCUCAGCAGGGAGGAGCCGCUUGGCGAUGAUGUCCUUGUCCCACGCACCUCGCCGGAGACACAGAUGCACAUGCCCAUCACCAUCGGCGACUACACUGACUUUUAUGCAUCGUACGAGCACGCGUUCAACUGCGGCUCCCUCAUCAGGGGCGCCGACAAGGCGAUGCAGCCCAAUUGGAGGCACCUCCCCGUCGCCUACCAUGGCCGGGCGUCAUCCGUCGUGGUGAGCGGCACCGACUUCCAUCGGCCCAGCGGCCAGAUCCUCGCGAGCCCAGGCGACUCGCAGCCCAUCUUUUCGCCCUGCAAACGCCUCGACUACGAGCUCGAGAUGGGCUUUGUGAGUGGCUGUUUCUGCCUGUCUAUUGGAGCGCAGGCACGGCUGACCUGGCACCACAUGCAGAUCUAUGGGGGAAAGGCGACGCAACUGGGGCAGCGGCUCUCACCGCAGCAGGCGCAGGAGCACAUCUUUGGCGUCGUGCUGCUGAAUGACUGGUCCGCGCGCGACAUUCAGACGUGGGAGUACGUCCCGUUGGGCCCCUUUCUGAGCAAGAACUUCUGCACCACCAUCUCGCCCUGGAUCGUCUCGAUGGACGCUCUCGAGCCAUUCGGUGUCGGGCAGUACGCCCACGAGCCCGCGCUGCUGCCGUACCUCGAGCAUGAUGGAGGCGUCAACUAUGACGUCGACCUCACCGUCGAGAUCAAGGCCGACGACGACGAGUACCACGUCGUGUCCAGAUCCUCGAUGAAGCACAUGUACUAUACUCUCGGCCAGAUGCUCGCGCACCACUCGACAACCGGCUGUUCCAUGAGGCCCGGCGACCUGCUGGGCACGGGCACGCUGUCUGCGCCGCGGCCAGAUGGCCUGGGAAGCCUGCUGGAGAAGAGCAAGCUGGGGAGGGAGCCGUUCGGCCUGGGCAGCCGCAAGGACAUGACAUUCCUGAGGGACGGCGACAGCGUGCGCCUGACCGGGUCCGCGCGCGGCAAGGGCUACACAAUCGGCUUUGGCCACUGCGAGGGCACCUUGCUGCCUGCACUGCCGCUACUCGACUAG